ACCACUCGCCUGGAGCGCGCGGGCGAGGCGGGCGCAGCGCACCGGGGCUCUCGUGGGCGCACAGCUGCGCGCCCGCACCGCGCGGCUCUGGGUGGUGGCAGCGGCCGCCUGAGAGCGCAGGGCUCCUGGGACAAAAAGCCACUGCAGCUUCCGAUCGCGAUUCCGCUCCCUGUCACUGACCCAUCCCGGCCGCUCUUUGGCCAUGGCUCUGGCGGACAGCACCCGAGGAUUACCCAACGGGGGUGGAGGCGGAGGUGGAAGCGGCUCGUCGUCGUCCUCGGCGGAGCCAGCGCUCUUCCCCGACAUUGUGGAGCUGAACGUGGGAGGGCAGGUGUAUGUGACCCGGCGCUGCACUGUAGUGUCUGUGCCGGACUCCCUGCUCUGGCGUAUGUUCACGCAGCAGCAGCCGCAGGAGCUGGCCCGGGACAGCAAAGGCCGCUUCUUUCUGGAUCGAGACGGCUUCCUCUUCCGCUACAUCCUGGAUUACCUGCGGGACUUGCAGCUCGUGCUACCCGACUAUUUCCCGGAGCGCAGCCGGCUGCAGCGCGAAGCCGAGUACUUUGAGCUGCCGGAGCUCGUGCGUCGCCUUGGGGCGCCCCAGCAGCCGGGCCCCGGGCCGCCGCCGCCGCACUCGCGCCGCGGGGUGCACAAAGAGGGCUCGCUGGGCGACGAGCUGCUGCCACUAGGCUACGCGGAGCCCGAGCCGCAGGAGGGCGCGUCGGCAGGGGCCCCGUCACCCACGCUGGAGCUGGCUAGCCGCAGUCCGUCUGGGGGCGCGACGGGCCCCCUGCUCACGCCGUCCCAGUCUUUGGACGGCAGCCGGCGCUCCGGCUACAUCACCAUCGGCUACCGCGGCUCUUACACCAUCGGGCGCGACGCCCAGGCGGACGCCAAGUUCCGGCGGGUGGCGCGCAUCACAGUGUGCGGCAAGACGUCCCUAGCUAAGGAAGUGUUUGGGGACACCUUGAAUGAGAGCCGGGAUCCCGACCGGCCCCCGGAGCGCUACACCUCGCGCUAUUACCUCAAGUUUAACUUCCUAGAGCAGGCCUUCGAUAAGCUGUCCGAGUCGGGCUUCCACAUGGUGGCGUGCAGCUCCACGGGCACCUGCGCCUUUGCUAGCAGCACUGACCAGAGCGAAGACAAGAUCUGGACCAGCUACACCGACCCAGCAAACGUGGAUCGCUGGGCAGUUCUGAAAACCUCAACAGCUGAGCAGAGAACGCCAUUUCUUUCUUGGCGUGCGUUUGACGUUGCAGUGGAGUCUUUUCAAGCAACAGCUGAAGAGGAGCGCGAGCGCCAGGAGCUGCCCAUCUGUAGCUAGCUGUGACGCGGACUGUUUUUAAAUGGAGGCAAAUAAGUACUUGAGGGCGAGCUGAGCCCUCAUAAACACGGUGGUUUAUGUAAAUGCAAAAAUGCAACAGAAACAGGAGACCUGGUUGCCUUAUGCCUUUACUCUCCCGUGGAAAGAAUCCCCCAUGAGUGUCCCGAGAACACCCACCUCAGCGGAAGUGGGGAGCCGAAUCCCAUGCUUCCUGCUGAGGGACAUCCUUUGGAUAAGCUGUGAUAAUGGAGAAGAAGCCUUUGUGUGUGUGUGUUUAUCAUCUUUCUCUGAAAUAUGUUUUUAAAGAUUUUGUAAGAGUCAUUUUAAGUGUUUAAAUUAGUGCUAUUUUUCCUUCUUUAAAAAAAAAAUGAGCCUUGUACUGUAUAUUUCACUGUGUCCACGGCAGAUGUUAUGAAUUGGAACAGUUAUUCUCAGACUCAUGUGAUCCAGUUUGUAUAUACCAUAUAUAAACAUUUUACACGAAUCAUUUAGUUUUUUAACUCAUCUACUAACGCUAUAAGAUUUCCUAUAUUUACCCCUGAUAACUUGCAUUUCAUGGUGUAUAUACAAGGCGACAUGUUCUGUGACAUAUCCUUGCCUGUGAACGUGGGUCAGGAAGACAUUCACAGCUACGAGGCAGGUUUGCUCCAUACACUUUUGUUGGGAUGUUAGUCAUAUACAAAUCAUAUGUGUGUUAACCAUCUACCUGUAUUCAAGCUGUUUGUAUUUCUAAUCUACUAAUGUUCUCAUUU